AUGCACCCUGCACGUCAUCACACCUCAUCCUUGUUUUCUCCUUCGUUCUUUCUCUCCUGUUUAGUGGAUAUCGUUUACGCCCUAUCGAGCGAUCCUGGUGUUCGGGCUUUCCACCAAGCUGGACGCAACAGUGAAACGCCUCAAGUUAAUACGAGAGCACAGUCUGUCCCCAAUGCGGAUAACUUUCCCACACCAACAUUCCCUUGUGCUACGUCGUCUGCCGUGCCGAAGCCAUGUUCACUCAACCUACAAGUGCCCAUGCGUAAUCAUCCGCGUCUGAUGACGCCCGUGAUGGAACGGUCGGGCGAGAGUGGUUCCAUUCUUUUUAGUGCUCAGACACCUGGCUCUUCUCCUUCGCCUAUUCAAAUUGAUCAAUGUUUCACCGGUCGUGUUAUUCCAAGUCCGCAUUUUGAUAUUCCCACCACACGACAAAGUCCCUCUCGGACCCAGGUUCCGUUUGAGUUCCUUCGAAAAUCCAAUUGCCACAUUUCCGAUACGUCCACAUAUGACGAUGUAGCUUUUGUGUGAAAACGCCUGUUUUACAUAACACUUUGCAUUUACCCACUUCGAUUACUUUUUAUUAGCUGUUCAAUCCCUCUACAAUGAACUGGAUUUUCUAAUUUUCUCUCUGUGAGAGAUUCUGUGGCUUCCGAUAAUCAGAUCAAUUUAGUUCGGCUUUUUGUCAAACGUAUUGUCUCCAUUCCGUUUACUAAUUUGUUUUGUGCAUUUUUUCUGCUCGCUUCAGGACAAUCAAUGUUUUGCUGACGCCUUCCAUUCCACGCUUUACACAAUAUCGCCUUAUCUUUGAUUGGGUGAUAUUGUUGUUCCAUUUCACCAAGUUGUUUACUGCUUGACCGAAUGUCUUACGAAUGUUUGCC